AUGGCUGGUUCAAGGAUGCAAUCGCCGUCGCUCGAGACGGGCCCUAUGACUCAUGAAGUCUUGAAGGGCAUAUUUGCCUCAGACCAGGACAUGUACCCGGCGCCAUUGACUUGGGAGCGUCUUGAGAGCUGGACGAGGGCGGCACCGGAGCUUUCCAUGUGCUUUUACCUACCUGGAAACGAAAAUGAGGCACCAUCACGGACCCUCGUCGGUGCCGUCAUUGCACUGCCCAUCCUGGCGUCGUCGUGGCGGCAUCUGUUGGUCGGCCAAGUAAAAGAGACUGACGUUGAGCCCGACUCCAUGUUUCCUCGCAAUGGUGAUCAAGAAGAGGAUAUUGGACUACACAUAUUUCACAUUGAAAAGUUUGAUACGCCUGAUACUCGAGGUAGAGUACCUGGGUUUGCGGGGCUUGCGAUGGGAGCCGUUGUCGAGGUUGCGGCAAAGACAAGGUGGAAAGUGAUUGGACAUUCAGCGCUCACGGCUACACCAGAAGGGAGACGAGCUUUCGAUAAGAUGGGUUUCCAGCCGACGGGCUAUGAAGAGUUUUGGGUCUCGUCAGACUCCUCAGUCAGCGUCGAGCUAUUGACCAUAUCCGCGGAGACGACACCUCAACCUACGAUCCCCGAAGGAGAAGCCGUCAAGGGACACGCAACGAUGUUAGCAAAGCAUCUAUCCCUGGAAGACACUAUGCAGGACCCCUUGCCAGCAAUUGCCCCGACCCCGUCGCCCGAAACCCUCCCAAACGCUCUACAUGGUAAAGUCCAGCUCAUCAAAAAAAGGGGUCCAAACCUCACUACCUCGGCCCCAUACCGACCGCCUGGUCCAGAAUGUUCAUGCCUCGGCCGCGGACCUGGCAACCGGGAGCACGGCCGGGACACGUCUGCCAUCUUUAACGGGGUCUCACCGCCGAAAUUAGCAGUCAACGCUGGAGUCGUCUGGAUACUCGACCUGUGGGGGCGGUCAAGCUGGAACCACUUCAUAGUCAAGAGGGUUGUCAGCCAGACUAAAGAUACCCAAUCUUUGAUACCCCUUUCCUCACAAAACACACACACAUCUCUCACAAUGGCCCCCGUUUCCAACAAGUGCUUCGUCUUCAAGCAGGUCCCCAAGGGCCUUCCUGUCCCCGGACAGGACCUCGUCAUCGAGGACCGUCCUAUUGACCUCGACCAGCCCCUUAACGGCGGCAUCCUGAUCAAGGUCCUCUACUCCUCCUUCGACCCCUACAUGCGCGGCCGCAUGCGCCCCGCCGAGGCCGGAAAGUCCUACAUCCCCCCCUUCGAGCUCGGCGCCACCAUCGUUUCUUCCAUCGUCGCCAAGGUCGAGCGCUCCGACACCCCGCAGUUCGCCGCCGGUGACCUCGUCACCUCCUUCAUGGGCCCCAACGCCCAGUACGCCGCCAUCCCGGCCAAGUUCCUCCAGGGCUUCUUCAAGGUCCCCAACACCCACAACGUCGACCUGCCCCUCUUCGUCGGCGCCCUCGGCAUGCCCGGUAUGACCGCCUACGAGGGUCUCUACGACAUCGGCAAGCCCAAGGCCGGCGAGACCAUCUUCGUCUCCUCCGCCGCCGGCGCCGUCGGUCAGAUCGUCGGCCAGCUGGCCAAGGCCGAGGGCGUCAAGGUCAUCGGCUCCGUCGGCUCCGACGAGAAGCUCGACUUCAUCAUCAACGAGCUCGGCUUCGACGGCGGCUUCAACUACAAGAAGGAGUCCCCCCGCGACGCCCUCAAGCGCCUCGCGCCCCAGGGUAUUGACAUGUACUUUGAGAACGUCGGUGGCGACCACCUCGAGGGCGCCCUCGAGUCCUUCAACCCCCAGGGCCGCAUCAUCGGCUGCGGCAUGAUCUCGGACUACAACACCCCUCUCGAGCAGCAGAAGGGCGUCCGCGGCCUCUUCCACAUGGUCGCCAAGAAGCUCACCUUCCAGGGCUUCCUCGUCGACCUGUCCCCCAACAAGUACAAGCCCUUCCAGGAGAAGGUCCAGCCCAUGAUUGCCAAGGGCGACCUCAAGGUCAAGAUCCACUUGACCGAGAGCAUUGACCAGGCUGCCGAGGGCUUCGUCGGUAUGCUCACCGGCCAGAACUUUGGCAAGGCCGUGUUGAAGAUUGCGCAGGAGUAA